CCAAUUGGGUUUGACGAAUUGACUUUGGAUUUUUGCUUACAAUUCAAGCGUCCCUUCAUUCUUUGCCUCUCUGUCUUCUAUCUCUCUUCCUGUUUAAUGAUCCUGGGUUCCUUUGAUCCUAUUCCUGAAGGUUUAUCUUCUUUUUCUUAAUUGAUGUUUGCUCGAUUUUUUUUGGAGAGCAAUAAAUAAAGGGUCUCCCUUGUUCUUCUUCUUCAUUCUCAAUAGUUUAUUAAUUUACGCACAAAAGAGAAAGGAGAUAAAGGGAUGUGAAGGAGAAUACAUAUCUUUUUGAACUGUGAUUGUGGCCUUCUGGGUUAUUUGAGAUCUUAUCUGAUCUUGGGUCUCAGCUUCCACGAUUUCUACAGGUUAUUGAUCUGUAAAGGUGAGUCAUUUCUUCACUAAUUGAUUCUUUACCUUUACUUUUUGCUUUAAACCCUGCAACAAACAAUUUCUGUCUUCAAGUCUAUGGGCAUCUUGAGCUGGAAAGAACAUCAGUCUAUCUCACUGUCUCUUAUAAAUUAUUUGGGUCGGAGAAUGGUUUUGAUGAUCUUCUAUUCAUUUGUUGUUCAAUCUUGUUGGGCAUCUACAAUGUCUGGUAGGUGAAUUCAAUUUAGAUUAUUUGUUUUAGAUUAGGUUGUCUAUGUUGAGAUGAAUGAACUGAGGGUUGUGAUGAAAAUAUGCUUAAGGCCUAUUGUUGAGUCCAGGAAUAGUUUAUCUGCCUAGUUUUAUGCCUUUAUGCUACUAUUGUUUUCCUGUUGACAGCUUGGAAUACAAUCUGAUUUUAUCAUUUUUGGAAGUUUUUUUGGUUUGAUUUAGUGACAUUAGCAUGUCUUUAUUUUCUCCCAUUCUGUCAUUUUGCUAUGGAGCUGCAAUUUAGUCUUCUGUAUCAGAAUGAAAGUUGCUGGCUGUGAGAAUUUUUUAUGAUUCAUUGUAAAAUAAUUUUGUUCGAUUCUUUGUGGUUUUAUUUUGCUUCAAUACUUGUCCCUUGAGUAGGCCAAAACUUCAUUGAUUAUGAGCAGAUAACGUUAAGCCUUAUGGGUUGGGGCAGUUGGCUUAGCAAAAUUUUUAAAGGUUCUGAAGAGAGUGAUCCAGAAGAUCAUUAUAAUGGGGGUUAUGGAGAGGACCCAAAUUAUGGACCUUCUACUUCAGGGGAUGCAUGGGGAGAGAUGGAAAAUGAAGAUAUAGACCGUGCUAUUGCAUUAUCACUCUUAGAAGAAAACCAAGGGAGGAGAAGUGAAACAGAUUCUUCUGUGGACAAUGAAUCUCAUCUGGAGGAAGAUGAACAACUUGCCAGAGCCAUACAAGAAAGCUUGAACUUUGAGUCUCCUUCAGUACCUCCACAAUAUGGAAGUGGGAAUAUUUAUCAACCUGUUCCAUUUCAUUCUCCUAUGGGGUUCAGGUAUAUAUUUGUUAUGUGUUUACUUAUAAGGUUUUUUCACUGUCUAAUCAGUGUUUUGUUUGCCUUUGUAAUGGUCCAAGUUCAAGAUGUA